AUGGCUCAUUCCCGGACCAGCACAAAAGUCAUCGUGGUCGGUGGAGGUGGCACGAUAGGCUCUUCCACUGCCUUGCAUCUCAUACGAUCCGGAUACACCCCUUCGAACGUCACGGUGCUGGAUGUAUAUCCCAUCCCAUCCGCGCAAUCCGCUGGCUAUGAUCUCAAUAAGAUUAUGAGUGUCAGGCUGCGCAACCCAGCCGACUUGCAGCUGUCUCUCGAAGCCCUGGACAUGUGGAAACAUGAUCCACUGUUCAAGCCCUUCUUCCACAAUGUGGGCAUGCUGGAGUGUUCUUCCUCCGAAGAGGGAAUAAAGGGCCUGGCCGACAAAUACCAAGCUCUUCUUGAUGCGAAUGUCGGCUUCGAGAAGACCAAUUUGAAGCUGGAAACCGAAGAAGAGAUCAUAGCUAAGGCCCCAUUCUUCCACAAAGAGCAAAUAAAGGGAUGGAAAGCAUUGCUUUGCGAAGACGGGGGUUGGCUCGCUGCAGCAAAAGCCAUAAAUGCUGUGGGUCGAUAUCUCAAGGACCAAGGCGUGAAGUUCGGGUUUGGAAAAGCAGGGACAUUUCUUAGGCCCUUAUUUGCUGCUGACGGCGUCACCUGCAUUGGCGUGGAAACGGCGGAUGGAACCAAAUAUUACGCUGACAAGGUCAUCCUAGCCACUGGUGCAUGGAGUCCCACAUUGGUCGACUUAGAAGAUCAAUGUGUUUCGAAGGCCUGGGUGUUUGCUCAUAUUCAACUCACGCCGCAAGAAGUAGCCCAAUACAAGAAUGCGCCCGUCGUAUAUGACGGCGAGUACGGAUUUUUCUUUGAGCCAAACGAACAUGGCGUAAUAAAGGUCUGCGAUGAGUUUCCUGGCUUCACGCGAUUCAAAAUCCACCGACCUUUUGGCGCCUCUACCUCAAAGCUCGUAUCUGUUCCUCGAUCGCACGCCAAACACCCACAAGAUACAUAUCCUGACGCCUCGGAAAAAACCAUUCGAAAGGCGAUUGCAAGAUUCAUGCCGCAAUUCGAGAACAAAGUCUUAUUUAACAGAGCUAUGUGUUGGUGUACAGACACCGCCGAUGCCAGCUUGUUGAUUUGUGAGCACCCACGUUGGAAGAACUUUAUAUUGGCCACGGGCGACAGCGGUCAUUCGUUCAAACUCUUGCCAAAUAUCGGGAAACAUGUUGUUGAAUUGAUCGAAGGAACUCUGGCGCCGCAUUUGACCAAGGCUUGGAUGUGGAGGCCAGGUGGUGAUGCCCUCCGAUCAAGGCGUGCUGCUCCUGCCAAAGAUCUAGCAGAUAUGCCAGGCUGGAAUCAUGAUGCGAAAAUGUAA